AUGAAAUCUCUAUUUGUGAUUGCACUUCUUUUGCCAAUCGUUGCCGCUCAAGCCCCGACGGAACCCGAGAUCACCGAGGAGGCCAAGCAGAAAAUCGCUCAGGAAGAAAACGCGUUGAGUCCCGAGAAAACUUUCGUCAACCGAGUCAAGGAGGCCUUCGAGAAAAACAAGGGCGAGAAUAGUGCGCUGAACAAGGAGCAAGUCGAAGCAGAGGUUGAUCAAAUCCGAAGUCUCGAGAGCAACCCUCGCGAACUCGAGAGCAACCCGGAGUUUGAAAUCGCGGAGUUUGAAAAGGACAUGAGCAGCGCGUUGGAAGCCGACCCGAACAUGGGCGAGACACUUAAGCAAGCGAGAGAGAUGGCUGAGAAAACCGUUAACCGUCGCAAGCGACAGGACACCACUCAGCAACACCACGAAUUCAAGAAGCCAACCGACGCUCAGAUGGCCGCCAUCAAUCAGGAAAUAGCUCAACUUCAACAAACGAACCCGGAAGUGGCAAGCUGGCCACUGAGGCGCAACGACACGAUGACACCGAAGGAGAAGAUGGGAAAAUGGUGCGAGCCUUUGGAGGAACUGGUGAAAAAAAUCUCUAAGAACUUCACGGAAUUCUUCGCGCGCAUGGAUUGGCGCGGCGAGGUGUUACUAGAAAAGCCGGAGAAUAAAUUGGACAUUGACAAGUACGGCAUCGCAAUUCAUGUGGCAUUCCGGGAAACUGAGCGACUUCGGCGUUUAGAUGAUAAGACUCAAUCCGGUGGUGAGCGCUCAGUAGCGACGAUGCUUUAUCUACUCUCGUUGCAAGAACUCUGUCCGGUGCCUUUUCGCUGCGUGGAUGAGAUUAAUCAAGGAAUGGAUCCAAGAAACGAGCGCAAAGUCUUCUCGCUGAUCGUCGACACACUGGCCAGCGAAAGUCGUAAUUUGGCAAAAAUACAAUAUUUCUUAUUGACUCCUAAACUCUUGCGUGGGCUGAAAUAUGGUGAGAAGGUGGCCGUGCAUCUCGUCCACAACAGCCCAACAUUGCCACGCGAUAUCAUGGAAUGGGAACAUUCGGCCUUUAUCCCGAUCAUGCCACUACUUCAGUCAACAGAA